UUUGCCCCAGAGAGAACCACUUUCCUCAGUGUGUCCAUGUAAACCGGGAUCACAUCGGGACUACAACCUGACAGGACGAUGUCUCGCGCUGCGGAUAGACUCAAACUGCUGAUCAAUCAUCUCGAUCGAUCAGCCGCUGCUGUCAGAGCUGCACCGACCUCUGCUCAGACCUUCACCUACAGCACUCACCCACAGAAGCUGAGAUACACACUUGAUACUGACCUGCUGACCCCAGAACAGCGGCUCUUUUAUGAGAAAAAUGGCUUCAUUCUCAUCAAGAAUCUGGUGUCUGACGAGGACGUCGACAGGUUCAGGUUGGAGUUUGAACGGAUCUGUCGACAGGAAGUAAAAGUUCCCGGUCUGGUGGUGAUGAGGGAUGUGGCGAUCGCAAAGUCAGAGUUUGUUCCAGAUCAGAAAGCUGUCUCCAAACUUCAGGACUUCCAGGAGGACCCUGAACUGUUUCGGUACUGCACCUUACCACAGAUCCUGAGCUAUGUGGAGUGUUUCACUGGACCAAACGUCAUGGCCAUGCACACCAUGCUGAUCAACAAACCUCCUGAUGCAGGUAAGAAAACAUCUCGUCACCCGAUGCAUCAGGAUCUGCAUUACUUCCCGUUCCGACCGGCCGACCGGAUUGUCUGCUCUUGGACAGCGAUGGAGAAAGUGAACAGGCAGAACGGCUGCCUGGUCGUUCUGCCAGGAACACACACUGGCACGCUGCAGGAGCACGACUACCCCGAGUGGGAGGGCGGAGUGAAUAAGAUGUACCACGGAGUGCGAAACUAUGACCCGAAACACCCCAGGGUGCACCUGGAGAUGGAGAAGGGUGACACUGUCUUCUUCCACCCGCUGCUCAUCCAUGGCUCUGGCAUGAAUCAGACGCAGGGCUUCCGCAAGGCCAUCUCCUGCCACUAUGCCAGCGCUGACUGUUACUACAUCGAUGUGAAGGGAACCACACAGGAAAACAUAGAGAAAGAGGUGAAGGAGAUCGCAGCUAGGAAGUAUUCUGUGGGUGAUGAAAUUAUGUUCAAGGAUACUUGGGCUGUCCGAGGCCGUCUGGUGCAGGGAGAGAGGGUUUCACUGUGAGGACACCACAGGCGUGCUUCAAAAGACCGCUACAUGAUUGCGGGGUGAUGAAUCACUGAGCUGACAUGAGAAGAGAUUAAAAUAGUGAUUGGAUGUUCACACUGACGCAGAAAGUGUUCGUGUCCUCCUUUUAGCUAAAGUAGUGCAGUUUUUCUUAUGGUACAAUCCCUAAUUUACUUUUUUUUUUUUUUUAGAUUACUUACUGCACAUGUAAUUUGGACAUAAGAGGACAUUCCCCUAACAGAAAACACAAAGAGGAAAUAAUAUUUAAAUGAAAAAUGUCAGUUAUCUCAUAAACAAAUCAAAGUGCAUAGGAGAAUAAAGCGUCUGACAUUCUGUAAACCUCCUGCCACUUGUUUUACAGCACAAAAUGAAGCUUAAGUGGCACCAAAAACAAUGGAACAGUGUGACUGCAUCCUGAAAUGUCUACUAUCAAGCUGUUUAAUUAACCAAAACCUUAAUGGAAGGGGAUGUUACGAGGGGUGGUUGAUACAUUCGUGGCCUAAGGUAGAAAGAGAUGAAGGAGCGGCUCAGCCGGUGUCAUUUUGACCACUUUCUGGAGGUCCAAGACACCAGCCUCUGCAAAGAAAGGAUGUGUAUGCUCCACGCCUGCUGGACUAGGAGUAUUAAUGUAGGAGGGGACUAUGCUGAAAAAUAAAUCUGCUAGGUUCUCUAAAACUGACUCCUUCGGAUCCUGGACAGUUGGACAGUUAAGGCAAGGCUGAAAAAUAAAUAUGGCAAGUUGAUUAGAAAAAAUGAGAAUUAUUGACCGACUGUAGCACUUAACUAACAAUAACAGACCACUUACUGCCUUAUAAAGGUAUCACUGUGCUAAUUUUCUUGUGUCUGUAGAUUGAUAACUGAUGAUGACUGAGUGGAUUUUGUUUUUGGGAUCUUGCUAUGAUAAGUGAAAUAUUUUCUUAACAUUAAUAAUAAAAAAUGACUGUUGUAAUAA